AUGGACGCACUUGAAAAGUUGAAUCAACACUUAGAAGAUUACCCAUACGUCGGAGGUUUCACACUAUCUGACGCGGAUUUUCAAACUUGGAAGGGACUAUCGGCCGUAGAAGUAGUACCAUACGACCACGUCACUCGUUGGUAUCGAAAUAUCGCCACAUAUCAAGAAGAAUUCUGCACAGCAAAAACGCAAACGACAACAAUGCAGCUGAUUGACAAAGACUCCGUUGAAGAACUUUCUUCAUUGAUCUUGCAAUCGCUUUCGAAGACGAAUGAAGAACUAAACUCGAUUUUGUUGGCUGCCGAGUUAAACAUUGAUCAUCAAAAGGUUACGGGUGCAAUUCGAAGUCUGCUUGCUCAUGAAGGGUUGAUUUCUACUAAAGAUGUGUCUGAAAAACGAAUUCAACUCAGCGAGGAAGGCUUAGAUAUGGCAAAUCACGGAUCACACGAGUAUAAACUCUUCAUGACUGUUGGUGUAAACGGAGUCUCACAAAAGGAAGUUCAGGCUCUUCCUUUUGCAAAAGUUGGAAUUCCAAAAGCCAUGGCUGCAAAAUGGAUUGGUACAGUCAAAGAGGGAAAUGAUGUCAAGUUAGUGCAAAAGAUCGCUCCCGAAUCGGUGUUGGAUAAGGUUGGUGAACUUUUGAAACAAAUCAAACUUGGAAGCAAGUUUGAUGACAAAGAAAUGGCUGAUCUAAAGAAGAGAAAACUCGUGAGCGAAGUGGUGAUUAAAGGGUUUCUUGUUGGCAAGGGCUCCAAGUUCUCGACUGAAAUCUCGAAACCAGAGCUCGACUUAACGGCAGAAAUGAUUCAAAAUAAAACGUGGACGGACAAAACUUUCAAGAAAUACAAUUUUGAUGCGCUUGGUGUUGAGCCGCCGAGUGGACACUUGCACCCUUUGAUGAAGGUUCGUAGUGAGAUUCGUCAAAUUUUCUUCCAAAUGGGCUUUUCUGAAAUGCCCACAAAUCGCUAUGUGGAAAGCUCGUUCUGGAAUUUUGAUGCACUCUUUCAACCACAACAACAUCCAGCUCGUGAUGCUCAUGAUACAUUCUUUAUUGAAGGUUUAUUGAGAAGUCAAAAGUACAAGUAUAACUGGAAAGAGGAAGAAGCGCAGAAAAAUGUUUUGAGAACUCACACGACUGCUGUCUCGGCAAAGCAACUGUUCUUGUUGGCUGGUGAGGGAAAGAAUGCGUAUCGGCCGGCUAAAAUGUUUUCUAUUGACCGCGUUUUCCGAAAUGAAACGCUUGAUGCUACACAUUUGGCUGAAUUUCAUCAGGUUGAAGGUGUCAUUGUGGAAAGAAAUUUGUCUUUGGCUCAUUUGAUUGGAAUCUUUACCGAGUUCUUCAAAAAGUUAGGAAUCGAAAAUUUGAAGUUCAAGCCGACUUACAACCCAUACACCGAGCCUAGCAUGGAAAUUUUUGCUUAUCACGAGGGUCUUCGCAGGUGGGUUGAAAUUGGAAACAGUGGAAUGUUCCGUCCCGAAAUGUUGUUGCCGAUGGGUUUUCCGCCAAAUGUGAAUGUAGCCGGUUAUGGAUUGUCACUUGAAAGGCCAACUAUGAUUCGCUAUGGAAUUAACAACAUCCGGGAUCUUUUUGGACCAAAAGUUGAUUUGGAGAUGAUUCAAAAAGCACCAAUUUGCAGAUUGGAUAAGACUAGU